AUGGCUGCCCCAACCUCAGACAGCGUUCCGGAGAGAUCGCAUCUUCUCUUUGAACAGAGCCCUACCGAGGAUGAGCCUUCACCUGACAAUACCGCCAAAGGAACAUUUACGUCAAACACCGAUAAGCAAACAAAACCGCCAUUUUGGCUAAGCAAGUAUGCAUUGCUCAUGUUUUGUGUUAUUUUCAUCACCCUGGCCGCCUCUCUUAUCGUUCUCAAGUACGUCUCUGACGCUCAGGAUGGUUUCCCGCUCAACUUCUCCUCCAGCGAGUAUACUUGGACUUAUGGCCCAACCGCCAUCCUUGUCAUCGUCCUGAGUCUCUGGAGACGGGUCGAUUAUUAUUUUAAAUCAGCUGAACCUUGGAGAGAACUUCAAUCUGGGCCUGUGGUUGCAUUCAAGUCUUUGCUUCUCGAUUAUGUUUCGCCCUUCCAGCCAUUCAGCGCAUUCCACGCUUUCAGAAUUGGCCAUUACCGAGUUGUUGCGACAAUCUUGUCCUUUUUCAUCCUCAAAGGCAUUAUCCUUAUCUCCACUACCCUCUUUUCCGUUCAAUCAUCCCUCCACCAUCAAUUGUUCAACAUCACAUACCGAGAUGUUUUCGACGCAGAGAAAGCUUGGACCUCUCCGGCUUUCUACUCAACCUUGCAAUUUGAAGACUGUGUCUUCUUCAGCGGGGGCUCCGAUCAGGGCAUCUGGCACUAUCUCGCACGCCUGAACAAUGCCGUGGCAAAUGAUUCUACUUGGAAAACUGUUGAUGGAAGAGUGACGCAGAGAUUCACCCCGCCACAAUCGGUGUUCAACCUAACAGCACUCGAAGCUCCCGUCGAUGUUUUUGUUCCACAUGUCGCCUGCGAAGAGGCCACCUUAUCUAUCGACUUUGAUGUUCGUAGGAGUCGUGUGGAGUACUCUUGGACCUCAGACACUUGCUCUACAGGAAGGCAUGAUGCUUAUCUUUGUCCUGAUCAUAGGGCUUCGGGUUACAACAUUACGACCUGCGGAGAAACGCCCCGAGCAUACAGUCUUCAUCGUGCAAACUGUUCAACGAGUCUUACACAUGAUGGUGAUGCUGAGUAUCGCCGGUCAGAUGAUUUAGAGGACCAUGACAUUCGAUACGCGAUUACAGUCGCGCAGUACACGAUUGAUAUAGAUGUCGCGGAGCAUAACGUCUCCCAACCCAUAAGCCUCGUCAAUCAUUCGGCUGUUAUAUGCAAGAUUGGGUAUAAUAUUGUGUCAGGUUCCGCAACUCUAGAUGUGCUUUCCGGGGACGUCUCGUUGAAUCCUGUGGAGAUGAAUGGAGGAAGACAGUUGAAGAAUUUGACCAACUCAUCCCUGGCAGAAAUGCUCAUAACAAAUCUUGACACUUCGUCGACGGCUCUCGUUGUUGAUAAGGAUGUACCUAUCAUGACAGUCGAGCCUGGUGUCAUUGACAUGGGCUGUGGCGCUGGCGAUGCAUUUGCUCAGCUAAUCGCUGUAAAACUUGGGGAACACUUCAAGUCUAGCAUUCUCUGGCAGCCCUUUGUACUCAGAAAUAUUUCCAUUGACAUUCUAGAAGGGCUGCUUGACGAGUUUGCUCGAGAGUCAUUGCUAGUGAACAAACUAACAAAUGGCACCGCCAAAGGCUUGGUAAGCGAAUCUCGGCUUCAUAUGCGGGCUCUGGCUGUUUGUACUAUGGCUGCAGGCUUCUCUGUAUUGGCGGCAAUCUGCUUACUGAUGCUCAUUUUCUCUACCGAGAGUCUCUGGAUCCCUUCUAUGUGCGGUUCAAUCGCUGGCCAUGCCGCUAUAUUAAUCAACAGUCCAUCGCUGCAUGAUUUGCUACGGAGCGAGGGGCAGUCAAGCGAAAAGGAGCUAGCUGAUAGCUUGAAAGACACUACAUUCAAGACUGCUGCUAAUUCUCCCGGGAAUCUUGGUGUUGAAACUACUGAGGAAAGCCCCUUGCUGAGCGAUAAGUCCGACCAAAAGAGCUUAAAGGAUAGGAAAUCCUGGACCCCGAUAUCUGGGCGGCGUUGGUUCGUCGUCGCAACACUGGCAUUUCCUUUGUUGGCCAUAGGAGGUCUUGAACUCUUACAGCAACUGUCGAACAAGAGGCAAGGUCUUGUUGAUAUGCAUAGGACCGACUCAACCUCCAUUUCAUACACUAUACGCAUAGCUUCGACGGCUACUGUCUUUGCCAUAGCCACGUUGGUCAACAGCCUAGACUUCACUAUAACAGCCUUUGCUCCUUAUAGCAGUCUUCGGGGAGGCAACUCACCACCUGAAAGAAGCAUUUUGUUUCAUUUGCUCUCUGUGUCUCCAUUCCUGAUCUUCUUCAAGUCAUUGAGGGCUUGUCAUUUUGGCCCCGCCGCUUCCAACAUCUCCUCUCUCUUGAGCAGCUUUCUUACAAUUAUCGUAUCUGGUCUAUGGACUCUCACUGGUCCUGUCACUUUAGAGGGACCAUUUUCUGCCACGGUGGGAAAUUGGCGGUCUACAUGGCCUGUUAGGGCUGUUGACGAUGGCGGGGCAGCAGUGAUUCUCAAUCUGCAUUUGGCAAGAUUUGGUGCUACCACAUCUCCACAAGAUAAUCUGACAAUGACAAUGUGGAGGGACGUUGGCUGUCGUCUUGUAGGCAAUGACGAGGAGCAGGACUGUUCGUUCAAACGCACAAGAGUAACCCUUCGUCGUCCAGAAGGCUGUGAAGGCCAUGAUACAGACGGCACCUUCUCAUUUGGCACUGUGACGGAGGGAAGGGGUGCUUUUGAGGCCCCGAGGUGGGUUGGUAGGUUCCUGGAUCUGAACACAAUUCUGACUGGUUCCAAUGCCUCUUGUCCGACGAUCGGGGUGCUCUUUGGACAGAUGGGAAGCAACGAUACAUCCGAUUGGAACAUGACAGCUUUAGUAUGCACUCAGGGACUUGAACAAGUCCCUGUAACCGUCACAUACACGGGCAAUCCGUCCCUCAGAGAGAUUAAUGAGCGACAUCCACCGAAGCUGGAAUUAGAAAAGGCAUGGCGAUGGGUCAAUGGUACCUCAAAGUCCAAAGCAUUCGGAUACCAGCCUGGACGCUUUCUCGACGCCGAUCUAACGCCGUUUCCAAUCGAUGAAUCUGAUACCAGGACGUUUGAUGAAGACGACGACCCCUUUUUUGAUCACCUACUGCAUGGUCCUAAUAGAAUAAAAAGGGAGAGUCUCCUUGGGCCAAGCAACACUGAGAAGUUGAUUCGCGCUGUCCAAAGAGACUACAGUGAAUACAUGAGACACGUAAUUGAUCUCAACUUUCGUGCAAAUAGAAGCAACGCUCAUGACGAUCUCAUCUCCGCCGAAGCUUUGCCGAACGCGAGGCCAUCAUCAGUCGCUACCGAGAUAACUGGGACGACAUCGGCACAAGUCACUCGUCUCGCCAUUCACACGACUUCAAAGCUCCUACCACAAAUUCUCCUAGGUUUAAUGGCCCUCCUCAGUUUAGCGAGCUAUCUUCUUGUAAAGAUAGACGGAACACUUCCGCGCAAUCCGUGUAGUAUUGCGAGUACCAUGGCAUUCCUGGCUGGAUCUCAGCUAUGCGAUCGAGAUGCUGGUAUUAUACCGCAAGGAGCUGAGUACAUGACUGAUGGACAGCUGAAGGAGGCUUUUGAUGGCUGGGUGUUUAGUCUUGGGUGGUGGCAGAAAGAAGAAGCUUCGGUGGAGUCAGAAGAGCCGAAUGAUGGUGAGAGUACAUUGGGAGACAGAGAUGUUCCAGAUGAGGCACAGGAAGGUCAAAGGACUCCUGGCAGAUUUGGUAUCGAUGUUGGGCGAGCGAAUGUUUCCAAGUUCUAA